AUGGCAGACAAUUUGCUAAAAGCACAGAAUGAAUCCACUGCUAGUCUAAACUUCACCCAUUCCAGCCGACAAGCCUGGGACUUGGGUAGGAAACUCGGUCCAGAAUUACCUAAGCCUGGCCAAUAUAGCACCAUAAGUGCUAACAAUGUGGCAGUCAGACUUAUAAGGGUUGCCAAAGCAAAAAUGCAUAAGAUACAGAAACCGACUAUGAAACGAAAUUAUGAAGUGAGAAAGAAAGAAAUGAAACAUUAG